AUGAGAAGCACUCUUGUAAAGAUUAUGAACAAUCAUUAUCUAAAAGUACUGUCUAAGAUUGAUUUUAAAAAACAGUUGAAUGCUGCAAUCUUUGAGAUACUAGAUGACUUUAAAAAUGAAUAGGAACUAUGUGAUUUUAUCAAUUUAAAAUUAAAUAAGGACAUUCCAGAUGAUGCUCUUUAGUACAAAAUAUUCGUGAAGUAAGACUUUAAUGAGAAUCAAUCAGCUGUAAUAUUCUUAAUGAAGCAUGCAUUGUGUGAUGGUGUUGGAUUUUUCAAUUUGCUAUCAGGACUCUAGCGUGAUUUCUUUUAUAGCAAUUUGCCUUAUGUAAGGAAGAGAACCUUUAAUGAGACUCUAAAAAGAUAUAUUCAAUUCCCAUUCAGUAUCAUUUUCAUGUAUCAGAGUUUAAUGCUACCAAGAUUUAGAGGAACCAUAUUUGAGGAAUCCAAAAAUCGUAAAGUUGAGUAUGUUAUCUCUGAUGAUUAUAAGCUAGUUGAUCUUAAAGCCUCUUCUAAAAAGUUAUGCUGCACUAUUAAUGAUUUUUUCUUAGCCUCAAGUUGCAUUGCAUUUAAAAGACUUUGCGAUUAACUUAAACUGACUGAUUUAAGUAAAUUUGAGACUUUAAUGAUAAUUAACUAAAGAGAACCGAUAACUGCGAGAUCUUAAAUUAAUCUUUUUAAUAAUUUCUUUGGCACUAAUGUAACUAUUGAUUUCAAAGACGAAAAUUUGUUCAAAAGUUCGAAGGUUUAGGAGAAUUUUAAAGCUUUACUUUCAUAGUUUAAACCAGCAUUAGAAAAAGUGAAGUAUGAUGAUAGGGGAUUGGGACAACUUGCUUGGCUUAAAGCAAUAUGCUCAAUUACCCCAGAUAUUGUCAUGGAUACUACUAAAAUGGGUGUAAAUUUCAAUAAUAGACUUUGGUCAAAUAUCAGUGGUCAAGAAAAACCAAUUAAAAUAGGUAAAGCUUUUUCCGACAAGAUAUUUUUCUCAAGCUUCUUAGACUCUUAAUCGUAUUUGAUUGCUAAUGUGUUAUCUCAUAAUGGCUUGAUUAGAUUGGGAUUAGUAGGAGCAAAUAACUUUGAUUUUAGAGAGUAUAUGAAGAUAUUCAAUGAGGUAAUGAGGUAAUUAUUAUCAGGAAAAUGA